AUGGGCCAAGAUCAAAGCAAGUCCAUUGAUUCCCCCAAACACAAUCCAAAAAGGGAGGAAUCAGAACCGGAAUCAGGAUCGGAAUCGGAAUCAUCUUCUCCCCCUUCAAUGGAAUCAUUACUUGCGGAAGCCGCGGCAUUUGGGAAUGAGGAUGAAACUUUGUCUAUAGAAGCCAAAGCUCAAAAAGCACUAGAAUGCCCUUGUAUUCAAAACCUUAGGAGUGGGCCAUGUGGGUCCCAGUUUUCGGAUGCCUUUUUAUGUUUUUUGAAGAGCACGGCUGAAGAGAAAGGGUCGGAUUGUGUGAUUCCGUUUGUGGCAUUACAAAGGUGUAUUAAGACCAAUCCGAAUGCGUUUCCAAAAGACGUAUUGGAAAAUGAUGAGGUGGAGAAAGAGAAGAAACCAGUGGAAGAUUAUAAAAUUAUUCCUCCGAGAUGGUCGAUGGAACCAUCAAGGCCAAAAAAUAAGCUUUAG